GAUCACAACCAGCAGAAACAUCCAACACCUCGAUCAAGAUGUGUGCUCAGCUUACUUCAAACGUCAUCGCCAUGAGCACCCAUCGCUCUCUCCAACACGCUCCCGCAGGCUCUUUCCAGAACUCAAGCGCUGCUUGCAGUCCUGCACCCUUCAAUAUCAGCGCUGAAAGGUGGACGAGCUUCUCCUUGGAUAAGCGAAGGAAGCUCCUAUGCCUGGCCAACUCAAUCAUGAUGGUGCAGAAGAAGAUUGAGCAGAGGGCUGAUGGUGAGCUCGCCGAACUCCCGAGCAUUCCUCAAGCGCGAAGAGAACAUUAGAUAACAGUGCAUCGCCGAAUUUCUGUAGAUUAGAGUGUAAAGUAGUUUUGUGAUUAUAAAAGACGAACGAAUCUAUCC